AUGUCAACAAAACACAUCACAAGGAAACGUGGAAGAAUUAAUGUUGUCGCUUGUAAUAAAUGCAAACGCGAUAAAAAGAAAUGCGAUGGUAGUUAUUUAACGCAAAAACCUUGCAGGUACUGUCGUGAUCGUAAUGAAUUUUGUGAAUACACUGAACCAACCAGAUUGAGAGUCACCAGAAUUCAAGGUGAUAAUGAUGAAGGUUUGGUUUCAUCCGACGUUGGCGAGGUCAUAAUCAAUGAAUGCGAAAUAAUUUCCAAUCAACGUCAAAAUGAUCCUUUGCAACAUAAAAUGGUCGAUAACGAAUCGUGCAAAUCAGAUCUCUUCUUCCAAUUAUUUACGGAUCCGGACACGACAACCGAACAAAUGAAUAUUUUAAAACGUCUUUAUAAUGAAAUCAUGAGAAAUCCUGAAGAUCCAAAGUUACCCGGCAAUCAACGUGAUGAAUUGUGUACCAAACUCAAAAUCCUUUCCUCCUCAAAUAAAAACGUGAAAAUCCAAAUAUGGAAUGAUCUAUGUUCUCUGGUGAAUGAACUCGAUAAAAUCAUCACCGGGGGAGAUUCAACUAUUCUGGAUUCAUCAUUUCUUGAUUAUAAUUCUUGGAACUCUGAAACUUUGGGAUUUUCCUCUCCUGUUAUACCCAACACUGAUAUAUUCUCAUCCGAUUCAACCAUUCCAAAAACUACCGAAUCACACGGAUCAAACUCGAUCUUUUCAACCGAAUUGAACUUGAACUCUUCAACGGUUUUGAAUGAUCCACAACCGGCCCAUGGAACCGUGCAAAGUGCACGAAAGAAUAAAAAGACCGAAAUUCAAAAUGUAAAGAAAACAAAUAAUUCCAAACAAAGAAAGAACCAAAGAGGAAAUAAGAGAACUCAACCAUAUCCGGCGGGAGGUCAAAUAGUGAUAAGGCCAACGAAACAAGCGCACACCAUGAUCUGGCAUCAAAAUGAUCCAAUUGAUGAUGUUCCGAUCAUGGCAUUUCACAUUCAAUCUUCCACACAUGCCGCUCCAUCGCAGCCAGCACCACCACCUCGACGACAAGCACCUCAUCAUCCGCAAAGAGCUCAGUUUCAACCACCACAGACAUUCGCUCAUUACGUCCCAUCGAUACCGAUUGAUCUUUGGGAUCAUUCAACAACCAUGACCAUGCUUUCACCUGAACCGAAUUCCGGCUUUUCAGAACCCAAUAAUGAUGACAUCUUGCCAAUUACAAAUUCUAUUCUCUUAUCUCCAACACCUUCGCUUCAAGAUGAUUUAGGUGAUAUCGUAUCUUCACCUUCCAACUCAUCGAUUGAUCACAUGAGAGCGAUUUCUGAUGACGAGACAGAACGUUUUGGAUUUGCAUUCACUCAAUCAACCAGAUCACCUCAAUCAUUUACGAUGGAAGACUUUAACUUCAUUGAGAUGUAUUCUAAUACUUCAUCAGUGGGCAUGGUAGAUCCAUUUUGGAAAUCUUGA